CACACCAGCAUCGUCCCUCACAUAAUUUCUGCAUUCCCAAAAAGCCCUCGGAUUCUCUCCCUAUUUCCAACAACCCACCCCGCCCCCUCGCCGGAAAUGGCGUCGCCGGUGGCCUCCGAGCACGAGGAGGCGCAGUCGCUGCUGCGAGAUUCCGGCAAUGUCGACGGCUCGUGGAGGCUGAAUUUCGAGAGCUUCCAGGUGUCCUCGGAGCACAAGGAGAAGCCGCCGCGGGGCUUCCAGGACUGUCUUGGGGUUAAAGGCCCGGAGGAUAACGUGGCGGAGUACUAUCAACAGCAGGUGGAAAUGCUCGAGGGAUUUAACGAGAUGGAUGCGUUAGCGGAGCGGGGUUUUAUUCCUGGGAUGUCAAAGGAAGAGCGGGACAAUUUGGCUAAAAGUGAGACCUUUGCCAUCCGGAUAUCAAAUGUUGCGAACAUGGCUCUUUUUGCAGCUAAAGUUUAUGCAUCUUACAGAAGUGGUUCAUUGGCCAUUAUUGCGUCCACACUGGACUCAUUGCUUGAUCUUUUGUCUGGCUUCAUCCUGUGGUUUACUGCGUUCUCCAUGCAAACCCCGAACCCUUAUCAGUAUCCUAUUGGCAAGAGACGUAUGCAGCCGCUGGGAAUCCUGGUUUUUGCUUCAGUCAUGGCAACUCUGGGACUGCAGAUCAUCUUAGAGUCUAUGAGGACCCUGAUAUCUGAUGAGGAUGAGUUCAGCUUGACCAAAGAUCAAGAGCGAUGGGUUGUGGGGAUUAUGCUUGGCGUCACUUUGGUGAAAUUGCUUCUGAUGCUUUAUUGCCGCACUUUCACCAAUGAAAUUGUCAAAGCGUAUGCCCAGGAUCAUUUCUUUGAUGUUAUCACCAACAUCAUUGGUCUGGUUGCUGUGCUCCUUGCUAAUUACUUUGAUGAUUGGAUGGACCCUGUUGGAGCUAUUAUUCUGGCCCUGUAUACUAUUCGCACCUGGUCAAUGACUGUCUUGGAAAAUGUGAAUUCCCUAGUUGGAAAAUCAGCUGCUCCAGAAUAUUUACAAAAACUGACAUACCUUUGCUGGAACCACCACAAGGCAAUACGCCAUAUCGACACAGUCCGUGCAUACACCUUUGGCUCACACUACUUUGUCGAGGUUGACAUUGUCCUCCCAGCAGCCAUGCCCUUACAAGAAGCUCAUGACAUAGGCGAAGCAUUGCAGGAGAAGCUCGAGCUCCUGCCUGAAAUCGAGCGUGCCUUUGUUCAUCUGGAUUAUGAGUUCAGUCACAAACCCGAGCAUGCACAAUCGCACUCUUAGAAACAAGGAAUGUCAGAUCCCUCAGUGCAUCAACUUGAAUGUUAAAAGAUGAUGGUGAAUGGGAAGGCAAUAUGAAAACUGGAAAUGUGUAGAUAUUUGUUGUCAAGAAUGUAGCACGCAACUCUGGUACACUGGGUAUGAAUGCUGGUCCAUGCAUCAUGUAGCCAGACAUAAUACUUCAUUAAUUUAAAUGAAUACCACAUCUUUU